AUGAGUGACGAAAUUUUGUUAUUGAUGAAUUUUCGAAGACUAUCGAAAGGUAAAAAUGAAGAACAGUAUAAGCAAAUUAACACAGAGAUCAAAAAAAAAUCCGCGACGCUAAAAAACAAUGGUUACAAGACAAAUGUAAGGAGAUUGAAAACUUGGUAGCCAAAUAUGAUUUGUUCUAUCUUCACAAGAAAGUUAAAAAAAUGAUCAACAAUAGAAACAGAAAGCAAACAGUACUUAUAGACCAACAAGCAUGAUAAUGGGAACAGAGGAGAAACUAAAACAUUGGCAGACAUACAUUGAAGAACUGUUUGACGAUCAAAGGCAGCUUUCUUGUGAUAAUUUUCCAGAGGAGACAGGUCCAGAAAUAAGCAAAGAAGAAGUAAUGCAAGCGGUGAAGUCAUUAAAGAAUAGCAAAGCUCCAGGACCAGAUGAGCUACCAGUGGAUAUAUUAAAGUUGAUAGACGAAGAUCGAGUCCAUUUGUUAGUAGACUUAUUUAACAAGAUUUAUGAAAACAGUAUAAUUCCUGAAGAAUUGUUAAGAUCAACCUUUGUCCCUCAUCCCAAGAAGGCACAUGCUAAGCAGUGCAAUGAUCAUCGCACGAUCAGCCUGAUGAGCCACACCUUACAAAUAUUCCUCAAAAUAAUUCACAAUAGAAUUUACAGAAAAUUGGAAGAAGAUAUCGGGCAGUUUGAAUUCUUGGAGGGAUGUGGAACUUGUGAAGUAUUAUUUGCCUUUAACAGCUUGACACAGAGGUGUUUGGAUGUGAAUUAAGAUGUGCUUGUUUCGUUCAAUACAACAAGGCGUUUGAUAACCUCAAGCAUGACCAACUUUUAGAUAUUUUGAAAGCUAAACAG